AUGGACGUGUUCAAGGUGCGCCUGAACUGCAUUGACCACUACCAAGCCACACCCACGCAAUAUGACCCCUGUCUCCGAAACGAUGUUCGACAUUCCCAACUAUUCAAGGAGCCCAAGGUUCCGGUGAUACGCGUUUUUGGCUCAACCCAGACUGGUCAAAAGGUCUGCGCGCAUAUACACGGCGCGUUUCCCUACCUCUUCGUCGAGUACAAUGGGAAGCUGGAUCAAGAAGAAGUUGGCACCUUCUCCUACCGGCUGCAUCUAUCGAUUGAUCAUGCCCUCGCCGUGAGCUAUAGGCAGGAUGCCUAUGCGCGGGACACUCCCAAAUAUGUGGCGCGUAUCACGCUUGUCAAGGGGGUUCCCUUCUAUGGAUUCCAUGUGGGAUACAAGUAUUAUCUCAAGAUCUACAUGCUCAACCCCGUGGUCAUGACCCGACUGGCCGAUUUGCUGCACCAGGGUGUCAUUAUGAAACGGAAAUUCCAACCGUACGAGGCGCAUUUGCAGUACAUAUUGCAGUUCAUGACCGACUACAACCUCUAUGGCUGUGGGUAUAUCGAGGCCAGCAGCGUCAAGUUCCGUGCCCCAGUGCCUCAGGUAGACGACGAUGACAUGAACAGCUUCAUGACUCACCAUAUCUGGCACAACCAGUCGAUAUCCCAAAAGCAGAUAACAGAUCAUCACUCGUUACCCAGGGCCAGUCAUUGUCCCAUCGAGGUUGACAUAUGCGUACAGGACAUACUCAAUCGCAAAGAUGUUAAGGAGCGCAGACUUCACCAUGACUUUGUCGAGCGGCUGAACCCUUUACCCGCCGAUAUGAAGCUCGUAGCCAGCAUGGCAGGACUGUGGAGGGACGAAACAAAACGUCGGAAAAGGCAAUUGGGCAUGUCGGAUCCGAAAAGUAGUCCAUUUCCUGCCGAGGUGCUUGUCUCUAUGUCACACGAUCGUCGAGACUCGCAGCCUGCUGGCUGGCUACAUGAGGAGGAGUUCCGUGCAGAGAUUGCAAAGCUCAUAACAGCCGAGAGAGCCAAUGAUGAUACAGACAUCACGUUCGACUCGUUUGUGCCAACACCGCCCGCUCUCGAUUCUGCCAUUAAGACUGUGCUUGAGUCUGUCGAGGAUCUGUACCCUCAACACUUGAAGGCAUCCUUAGGGGAGAUGUCAACUACGUCGAUUGACUUUGACCCUGCAAGCAGUAUUGAGGUUGAUGAGAGAGGUGCACGCCGGCUAGGAAGACCGGAGUCUGUGGACGAGGACCCUUGUCCGGAUGACUCUGAUGAAGAAAGACUGCGAGACGCCCAGCGUUUGGAGAAGGCAAAGAAGCAGAGAAGUUUGCAGGAUUACCCAAGCACAGCUUCGAUAAACGGUCUGGUUGGACUUGAUAUCAGUGGUCUCAUCACUGGAAAGCGACCAGAGAUCCCCAUAACGCAGGAGCUCAUUGAUGCCGCUGUUGAGGAAGAUCUUUUGAGUGAGAUUCCAGCUUCCUCGCAACCGUCAACUUUGCGGGAGGGCUUGAAGCGAUCUGUCCAUCCAACAGAUGAGGAACAUGCUUCAAAACGACCAAGAAUACGACCAGCCCGCAUAAACAACUUGAGAUUUGUUCCCCCCAAGGAUGGGCUACGACCCUCCUAUGAACGUCGCGUUGCCGACAUGGCCAAAGCCGAAAGCCAGCUCCCGCUGUCUUCCCAGCGACAAACAGCGGAUGACGCCGCCCCGUUUCGUACCCCUGUACCGCGCAAGACAUCAAUGAUGCACAGCUCGGCACCCAAGUCUGUUAACCGUAAGCUUAGCUUUGCUGUCGUCAAGGACCCGAAUGAUCCUGAGACAAAGCUUCGAUUGAGCCAAAACUCGAACUCGCAAGAUAGCGACACGUCAGAAACCCCGAAGCAUCUUUCUUUUGAUUCUUCGUUUGCAAGCCUGGAGGAAGCCUCGCCACAUAAGAAAGAAAACCAUGAAUUCUAUCAGGUGGGCUACUUGCCGAAUCCGUUUACACCCUCAAACAAGUCUCAGGAACAUGACUUCUUGGAUGAUGGGGCCUUUGUGCAAACAUACAUGGUACCUGUUUGCCAAGUUUUACCCCCAACUGCGGAGGAAGUCUGUGCAACUAUGGCGGACUACGGAAUACCAGAUGUGGUUUAUCAGGACGCAUAUUACAGCAAAGAAAAGGAUGUGCCACUUCGUCCAAGAGAGUUUGCUGGGCGUCAAUUUCGGCUUCGAGGUAACACAUUACCAUAUCUGCCUGAGUUCACCGCCGAUAGGCCUUCACAGAAUGCAUGGGGCGCCCCGGAGGAACAAAUACCAGACAAAUCAAAACUUCAACUUGAAGAGGAGAUCCGUCGGAACAAAUGUACAAUCAAGACAUGGGAAAUUGCACAGCCACCUCCGACGUUCGAAGAAGUAUCCGACUGGUGGGAGGAAAAGGAGCUAAAGAAGAAGGAGUCCGGAGCAAGGCCAAAGAGCCACCAAAUAUCCCCAAAAUCGACACAGGUUGCUCGUCGCCAUCUCUCGCAGAUUGAAGGAGCCACCCCCAAGAACAAACAUGGGUUCAAGUACUCGCCGAAGCAAAAGACUACCAGUGUUCAGCAUGAGGUUGCUUACAUGAGUACAAUGAGUAUCGAGAUUCAUGUGAACACCAGAGGAAAGCUUGUUCCUGAUCCGGAAAAGGAUGAGGUCAAGUGCAUAUUCUGGUGCUUUAGGUCAGAUGAUCAAUCUACCGAGGCUAACAGUCAGGCUCCUGAUGGUAUAGAAUCGGGCGUGGUGGUUCUAUCAGAAGAAGGCACACUGGCUGAGCGCAUCAAGCACCAAAUCAAAGGCGAGCUUCUGGAGGAGACAUCCGAGCUCGACCUCAUGGUUCGUAUGGUCGAGAUCGUGCGAACACAUGACCCAGAUAUUUUGACAGGCUAUGAGGUUCAUGGUGGCUCGUGGGGCUACUUGAUUGAGCGCGCAAGAUACAUGUACGACUACAACCUCUGUGAUGAGUUUUCGCGUAUGAAGUCGCAGUCUCAUGGCAGGUAUGGCAAAGACGCAGACCGAUGGGGCUUCAACACUACCUCGACCAUCCGAGUAACGGGCCGACACAUGAUCAACAUCUGGCGUGCAAUGCGAGGAGAGCUCAAUCUACUCCAGUACACGAUGGAGAAUGUUGUCUGGCAUCUGCUACAUCGCCGGAUACCGCACUUCUCGUGGCAGACGCUCACAAGCUGGUAUAGUAGUGGACGCCACGGCGAUCUCGACAAACUACUACGUUACUACCAAACAAGGACAAGACUUGAUAUUGAGAUUCUCGAAGAGAAUGAGCUGAUCUCGCGCACGAGUGAACAGGCAAGAUUGCUUGGCGUCGAUUUCUUUUCAGUAUUCUCCCGUGGAUCACAGUUCAAAGUUGAGUCUAUUAUGUUUCGGAUCGCAAAGCCUGAAAAUUUCAUGCUCGUAUCACCGAGUCGAAAGCAGGUCGGUGGGCAGAACGCAUUGGAGUGUCUACCGCUGGUGAUGGAGCCACAAAGUGCAUUUUAUAACAGCCCAGUGCUGGUGUUAGACUUCCAAAGUCUGUAUCCCAGCGUCAUGAUUGCUUACAACUACUGCUACUCGACGUUUCUGGGCCGGAUCGUGGAUUGGCGUGGAACCAACAAGAUGGGAUUUGCCGAGUACCGAAGGCGAAAAAGACUGCUCGAGUUGUUGCAAGAUCACGUCAAUAUUGCACCCAACGGCGUCAUGUAUACGAAGCCUGAGAUCAGGAAGUCACUGCUUGCCAAGAUGUUGACAGAGAUUCUGGAGACAAGGGUCAUGGUCAAGAGUGGCAUGAAACAAGACAAGGACGACAAGACCCUCCAGCAGUUGCUGAACAACAGGCAGCUGGCUCUCAAGCUUUUGGCAAACGUCACAUAUGGCUACACGUCUGCCUCAUUUUCCGGCAGGCUUCCGUGUUCGGAGAUUGCCGAUAGCAUUGUACAAACUGGUCGUGAAACUCUGGAGCGAGCCAUUGCCUUUAUUCACUCUGUCCCAAGAUGGGGGGCUGAAGUUGUGUAUGGGGACACGGACAGUCUUUUUAUCCACCUCAAGGGUCGCACAAAAGAGCAGGCCUUUGAGAUUGGAAACGAAAUGGCAAAGGCAAUUACCGACAUGAACCCGCGACCCAUGAAACUCAAGUUUGAAAAGGUCUACUUGCCAUGCGUUUUGUUGGCCAAAAAGCGUUAUGUUGGUUACAAGUACGAGCAUGUCGACCAAAAGGUGCCCGAUUUCGAUGCCAAGGGCAUAGAGACAGUCCGUCGCGACGGGACGCCAGCGGAGCAAAAGAUCGAAGAAAAGGCCCUGCGGCUGCUGUUUGAGACGGCGGACCUGAGUCAAAUCAAGGAGUACUUUCAACGGCAAUGCAACAAAAUCAUGCGUGGCCAAGUGUCGAUCCAAGACUUUUGCUUCGCCAAGGAGGUCAAGUUGGGCACAUAUAGCGACCGUAACGGGGUAGGUCCCGCACCGCCUGGCGCGCUCAUCAGCACAAAGAAGAUGCUGGCCGACCCGCGAGCUGAACCACAAUACGGUGAGCGUGUUCCCUACGUGGUCGUCACUGGCGCCCCUGGCGCGAGGCUUGCAGACAGGUGCGUGCCGCCCGAAGACAUGCUAUCGCCUGGCGGUGCGCACCUAAGACUAGACGCCGACUACUACAUAUCCAAAAACAUCAUUCCACCCCUGGAGCGCAUCUUCAACUUGGUUGGAGCACACAUCAGGGGCUGGUACGAUGAACUGCCCAAGGUGCAGCAGGUCAGGCGCGUGGUGGUCGAUUCUGGGAACGGCAAUAACAGCUGGUUCGGGGGCAUCAUGGGGAACAAUGGCGCACCAAAGGCUAGAAAGGUCACACUAGAGAGCUAUCUACAGGUGAUGAAUUGCGCAGUAUGCAAUGUGCGCAUCCGGCCCACGGCCCAGAAAAAGAAAGCGCCCGCGCCCCGACAGCAACUACCGCCAGUGCAAUACCACCCACUGUUUGGGUUCGGCCGCUUUGGCCCGCGACCUCCACCUCAACCGGCACCAACCAAGAACAAGAAGAAGAACCCUGCAAACGACGUUGUGGUAUGUGGACGGUGCACACGCCACGCCCAGGAAUCGCUCCUUGAGCUCCACGGCAGGCUUGCACGCGAGCGCAAGAAAUUUUCCGAGGUGGCAGACGUGUGUCGGAGCUGUGCCGGGUUGGCCCCCGGCGACGUCACCAGUGUGCACGACUGCGAUAGCAAGGACUGCCCUGUCUUUUACACGCGGGUCAAGCAGGCUACGAAGCUUCGGACGGAAAUGAGCAUUGUCGAGCCGGUUAUCAAACAGCUGGAGGCGAGGGUUGCCAAGAUGAGGAAGAAGGCUCUGGAGUGGUAG